AUGCCAUACACAAUAGGCAAAAGAAGCAUAAUUCUAUCGCGAACCCUAUCGGAGUCGGACCAAAACCUAGUGUUAUCCCACACACAAGUUUUUCGACAUUGCCUACAUAGUGCGAUCAUCAAAUACCUUAUAACAUUGAAGAAGAUUGUGCAUUUGUACACCGAUAUCAUGACUAUAUACUCCACGUUGCUCAAAAAGAUACCGCAAUACGAUGAUGUCACUAUGAUGACUAAUAGAUGCAAAAAUAGUAUUUUGCAAUUAGAACAUGAUUUCAAUGAAGUAUUUGGCAAAAAUGUGUUAAAUGAGGCAGUAACAAUCAACAGUAACACCACCAGCACCACCAGCACCACUAGCACCACUAGCACCACUAGCACCACUAGCUUUAAUGUAUUGGAUGGUGGUUCUUUAUUGUCUGAUAAGUCUUUUCCCUCCGAAAAGCUCAAACAAUGGCAAGAACAAAGCUUUGAACAGAGCAUUAAACCAUCCUGUGACACUAUUCUCAAAUCGUCUAUCCCAGUUUUCGACCAAAUCGCAAAAACAUUGGUUUGCAUCGAUUUGUUCUUUUCCGAAUUUUCCAACUUGAAAAAAUUACUCAUCCCACUCAUGAGACCACAAACAACAGCAGUCCAGCAAUCGCUCAAGAGGGUAAAUCAGACAAUACAGAAUAGGGAUUACAAUGUUGACCAUUUAUCUACAACGGAGUUUAGUCUCAAGUUGCAUAGAGAAAUCAUAAGCAUUGAACAGUUAACCAGCCUCAUUGAUAGAGAGUCAACACUUUUGCUGCAUGCUUUCAAUACGUUUAAUUCUGCAUUGAUACGCUACACAGAGAUUUUACUAGGUAAAGCAAUUUUAAAGAGAGAUAUUGACUUGGGUGAUUGUCAAUUAAUCAAGCGAAGGGAUGUUUGUUACCAAGCUUCUGAGAGAGUUGUGAGUAUUCCAUUGACCGAGGAUAAGUCAUCGUACAACACUUCAAUGAGAGCCUUGGGCAAGUCAUUGACUUAUUUUGUGAUGGCCCUUAUGAUGGUGGUAAUGUUUGUGGUUUUUAGGCUUAUCAAUGCCCUUUUUGGCGGCAGCAACACAUAA